CCUGGUGCUGCUGUCCCUGCAGGGCCACCCCUACCCAGCCCUGUCCCUUCUCCCUUCCAGCCCAGACCCUCGGCCUCGCUGGUGAGUCCUCGGGGGAUGCCAUGUUCCCACCCUGCUGUCCCCAGCCCCGUGGUGACCCUGGCAGGCUGGUGUCCCCUGUCACCUGCAGGUGCCCAGAGCACCCAGCUCCUGGUGGAGCCCCCCUGGACACCGGCGGUGCUGUGGGACCGGGUGACACUGACCUGCCAGGGCUCGGGGACCGCCGCUGCCACCUCCUGGUACAAGGAUGGGCUGCGCUGGGGGCAGGAAGGACGUGACAGCUUCAGUGUCCCCGAGAACGGCACCUACCAGUGUGAGAGACCCGGCAGUGGGAUCAGCCUCUCUGUGAUGGUGUCAAAUGGGCCGCUGGUGCUGCAGGUGCCAGCACGGGCACUGCUGGAGGGGGACACGGUGACACUGCGCUGCCGGGGCUGGCAGGACAACCCUGUCACCAAGGUGCGAUUUUACAAGGACGAGCGGGAUCUGGGGGAGUCCCUCUCCCCCCUGGAGCUGCACAACAGCGGCCGAUACCGCUGCGGGGGCUUGGUGGCCUCAGGAAUGUCACUGUCAGCACCGGUGACAGUGACAGUACACGGGGUCCCGCUCUCGGGGGUGUCCCUGUCGGUGCAGCCCCCUGGGGGACAGGUGGCACUGGGGGACCGCCUGGUGCUGAGCUGCAAGGUGGCCAUGGGGACAGGUCCCCUGUCCUUCUCCUGGCACCGGGGGGACAUGAAAGCACCAAUGGGCACUGGCCCCCGCCUGGAGCUGCAGCAUGUUGGGUAUAAUGACAGCGGCCAGUACCAGUGCCGAGUCAGCGAUGGGGACAAUGUGUUUGAGAGCCCCGCAGUGAACGUCACUGUCCUGGUGCCCAUGGCCAAUGCCACCAUCACCCCCGGUCCCCCAGCACUCCAGGUGCGCCCAGGUGACCCUGUGACCCUGCGCUGCUCAGUGCAGGUGGGCUCAGCCCCUGUCACCUUCACCUGGCUGCAUGAUGGGCACGAGGUUGGCCAGGGUCCCCUCCUGGAGCUUGGGGCCAUCGAUGUGGGACAUUCGGGCACCUACCAGUGCGUGGCCACCAACCAGCUGGGACAGGACGGGCACCGCGUGUUCCAGGCACUCAGCCCAGAGCUGGCCCUGGAGGUGACACCACAGGGAACCAGUGGACACCACUGGAUCACAGUGGCUGUGAAUGUUGGCUGGACCCUCCUGGAGCUGUACCUGCUCCUGCUCCUGGCUGUCAUCGGGGGCUGUCGCUGGUGGCACCACCGGCUUUCAGGAAGCCCCAGGACAGGACUCCCCUGGAGGAGGGGGAGGUGUUGGACCCCCACAUCGUGGGCACUGAGACGGCAAGGUGUGAGUAUGGGUUUGGGGACAGAGACAUGUCACCCAUGGGUGUCACCGUCACCCAGGUCCCCAAGCCCUGUGUCUUGCCCAGGGCCCCCCCCGUUACAUUCCCCAGGUGACCCCUGCAGAGCUGCUGGGACCCCACGGGUGACAGAGGGACCCCAGUGACAUCUGCAACAGCGUGCUGUGACACUGGGGACACUGAGGGGCACUGGAGGUCCCUGCCCCAGGGCAACCCCCUGUGUACCUACCCCCUCUGGCUCCAUGGGUGCCCACUGUAGCAAUGUGUUUGAACAGCUUAGGCCACAGUGUCCUCCAGCCAAACCAUUUUUAGGUAUUCUUAUCAUUCACUCUGGAAUUUGUCAAGGCUCCUGAAACAUAAAUUGUGAUAAAUUGGGAAAGAAGAAGCUGAAAAACAGAAUACCAAGAUUGCAAAAACUGAGAUAAAGAAGGGCCUGGAAGCACUGGAUUGUAAGCAAUCAUAUUUCCUGAGAGGUGCGAGCAGAGCGUGUGGACAAGACAGAGGCACCAAUCAAGUACUGUGUGAUCCCGUGGACAGUAGUUUUGGAAUGUAUCAGUAGAGGAUAAUGUAAACAAUAAAGAGGUUUCUGCUUAAUCACA